AUGCCAGGAGGUAAGCCAGUCUGGGAUGGUAAUCUGGUUGAUAAGGACAUAGAUAGCCUAUUUGGAUUUAUAGAGGCUUUUGUGUCAUGCCCUUCUUCAGUCAAAAAACCUUUUCUCCCCGUUCGGGGAAAAGAUGGUACACUUCUCUUCCCCACGGGUGAUUUUGUUGGUGUAUACUAUAGCGAGGAGUUAAAGUAUGCAAGAGACAUAGGCUACACUGUGAUUCCAGUCAGUGGGUACCUCUUCGAGAAGAAGGAAAGCCCUUUCAUAGAAUAUGUGAAUUCUCACUUCGAUAGUCGAUUACAGGCAAAGAAAGAUGGAAAUGAAGCUUUGUCAUUUGUUUAUAAAAUCCUUAUUUCGCUCUAUGGAAGAUUUGGUAUCAACCCAAAUAGCACUAAAACGGAGUUAUGCGAUAGCGAGCACUAUCACUUUUUGAUGAAACAAGAUUCCUUCAUUGGUUUUCAUCCGAUUAUAGAAAACCUAUACAUGGUAUCCUAUCAUACUGUUACGGCUGAUGAUAACAUUCAUUGGGCUCAGCCUAAGAACUCCGCAGUUCAACUUUCCGCCGAAAUCACUGCAUGCGCUAGGAUCUACAUGCACCCAUUUAUAUCAAGGGAUGACUGCUACUACACAGACACAGACUCUAUCGUUCUUGCCAAUCCUCUUCCAGAGGGCUUAAUAUCUUCCAAAGUCUUAGGGUUGUUUAAAUUAGAAGAUAAAAUCAAAGAAGGAUACUUUUUGGCGCCAAAAGCAUAUGGCUAUAUUUCCGAAGAAGACACAAAUUUAAUUAAGUUCAAAGGACCAGCAAAACACCUGGUGGAUAUUUCUUGGUUCAGAGAACAGCUCGCUAACCCUUCUCGUAGGAUGAAAGUCCAAAUCAAAAAUGAAUUCGAGAUUGAUUGGGACAACCAGACUGUCGGUGUUAAAGAAUAUGAUUACAGUUUGGGGAUUAAACUGAACAGUAAGAGGAUUACUCAACCUGAUGGAGAGACUUUACCCAUUCAAGUCAAUGAUAUGUGUGGGGUAGCCAAAUCACUUUUUAAAAAGCUAAUGAAACUGCAGACAACGAAUACUCUUCUUAAUGAGAAGUUGUCUCAGAAGGAAAGAGAGAGUGAAAAGAGAAUGGAUGGUGUGAUAGUAGAAGAGAUAAAAAAGAUUGAAUAUUUGGGUAUUAAUAUAGAGACUACUCUUAUUGAAGAAAGCACUCAAUUAGAUAAAGAAGAAAGCGAUGUAACUAAGACAGAUUCUAAGAAACCAGAUACGUAG